CAAAUAUACUUGCAGCUCCGCGGAUUUAAAAUUGACGAGUGUCACGCCAUCUAUAACUCAAGCUGCGGAACAUGAAGUGUCGGAUCAUCGAACGAAGUGGGACCGGUACAUGAGCGACAACAUUAUUAUACACAUUGAUGCGGCAGCAAUCAGUCGUAUUAUUGAAAAACAUAACCUCCAACGCAGAGCAACACAACAUACGAACAAAUUUAAUUUAAAAAAUGGAAAACAACGAAGAUAAGAAAAAACUAAGUGAGCAAAAGAAGAAAGCUCAGUCAAAAUAUGAAGGUCGACUUGCUUCCGAGGAUUCUAAUCCAUGCUUGAAGGAACAAGAGCUGACUUACAAAUGUUUAGAUGAACAUAAAUAUGAUGACGACGCAUGUAAACUUCACUUCGAUAAUUACAAAAUUUGUAAAUCUUUUUGGCUGUCAGUGCAAAGAGAUCGAAGACGGCGGAACAUAACGCCAUUUCUCCCACCUGCAGAAGAGAGAGCAAAAAUCAAAGAACAGUUUUUUGAAAAGAGAUCUCAGCUUUAAUUUCAAUCAUAAUCUUAAUACUUGUUAUAUUUAUACUUUCUUCUCUAAACAGUUGUAUCAUAAAAAGUUGUAAUAUAAAAUAAAUAAUGUUAGCUUUUUUAAUCUUGUCGUGUGAGGUAUUGUGUUAUGUGUUAUAUGUAAAUAUUAACUUUCAAUGGUAGUUAAAAAAGAAAUUUCAGUGUACUCUUCCCUUAGCUCUUAAAUAUAUCAUUUUAACUGAAUAAAAUAUAUUUUAUUCAAAGAAA